AUGCCAGACCGUUCCGAGUACCAGCCGCUGGUACAGAGCAUUGACGAGGAGGAAACAGAUGUUGUCGAGGGUCUCUCACCCUUACCGCAGGCGCGGUUAGCGCGGGCGCACCGUCCCGGAAACAUCGACCUCGGCAAGCUGGACAGCGCGUUUAAGAGGUGGACGGAGUCUAUUGCGCAAAAAGUGAAGCGGAAGAGGAAGGUGGAGCACUAUUCACGGAAGCCGAUAUGGCACAGUGUAUUUGGCCCUCCCAUCACUGCUUUCCCCGUUGAGAAUGGCCCAGUGAAGACUCUCGACCACAAGCCUCCAAUGGCACAGGAAGACUACGACAUACUCAUUCAAGCAGUUCGCGAUGCUAUUUCGGACGGUAUACACCCAAAAAUGAUUUCCAAGGGAUCGUCAGGUUCGUACUUUGCCCGGGCGAAGAUCGACGGACAUGUGCAGACGGUUGCAGUGUUCAAACCGAAGGAUGAGGAGCCAUAUGGGCGACUGAACCCGAAGACCACGAAAUGGCUUCACAGACAAUUCAAAUGGAUCAUACCCUUUGGCCGAGCUUGCCUCAUACCUAACCUCAGCUAUAUAUCCGAAGCCGCUGCAUCACUACUGGACGAACGACUAGAGCUGUACAUAGUGCCUCGAACACAACUUGUAUCUUUGUCGAGUCCGGCGUUUUUCUACGACUGGAUAGACAGGAAUGCAGCAAAGAAGGGGAAGCCACUACCAGACAAGAUUGGGAGCAUGCAGUAUUUCCUUCAUGGGUACACCGAUGCUUCUGACUUCCUCCGAAAAUACCCAUGGCCGGGUCGCGCCAUUUCGGACACAUUCGAUGAUUCGAGCCACCGGAGAGGUAUUUUCAGCAAGAAGUUCCUUUCUACACUGAAAAUAAUCUGCGGCAAGACGGGAGAAGAAGAGGACAUGUAUGACGAGGAUGACCGGGAAGACGAGCGCGUCCUCUUCGACGUUACCGAAACUCGCACCGGUCAGCCUUUCUACUGGAGUCCAGCUCUGCAGGACAACUUCCGUGAAGAACUAGAGAAACUCGUCAUUUUGGACUAUCUUAUGCUCAAUACCGAUCGCGGGGCUGACAACUACAUGAUCAAAUACUGUGAAUUUGAUCAUGGGAAGUCCUUGGUUGACGUCGCGCCCGGCCGGAUAUCACGAUUGGAAAUGCCCAUGAUGACAGAGCUGCGGCGCACCGACUCAUCGAGCGGUUCGUCGCAGAUGGACGCCGUACCAUCAAUGAUGCCGACGUCAACUCAGUAUGGAUAUUCGAAUCCUCAUGUCCCUUACACCCGACAGCCUCACAUUCACAUAGCUGCGAUUGACAACUCGCUGUCGUUCCCUCAUGAGCACCCUCGCGGUUGGCGUUCGUACACCUAUGGGUGGCUCUACCUCCCGGUCACCAUUAUCGGACGUCCGUUCAGCCAGAAGACUCGUGAUCACUUCCUUCCGCUACUGACUUCAAAAGAGUGGUGGACUGAAACGACGUUUCAGCUACGGAAGUUGUUCGCAGUAGAUCCUGACUUCCAUCCUAAGAUGUUCAGUAGACAAUUGGCGGUGGUUAAGGGUCAAGCUUGGAAUAUAGUGCAGUCGCUCAAACACUCUGAUGAAGGACCUUUGGAACUCACACGGCGCACGAAAGUGCUGGUGUGGGACGACGAAGUGGAAGUCACGGAGGAAAUGCUCCCAGACCUGCCUAGCGGUGGCCCGCACUCCCCACACCCCGCAUCAUCACCACAAGCGUCAGUAAACACUGUGCCUCUGCCCCACGUAAAGCGCACGCGUAGCCAGAGUACCUCUGAUUUCCCUCCACCAACUCACCGCUCGUCGACGGAAUUCAGCGGCGUCUCACGUCCUGUCUCGUUUUCUGCUAAAUUCUCCCGCGUACAUCCCGCAACCACAGGUGUUACUGUACUCGAGCAUAUGGAGCGGUUAGAUGCGGUCGAGGCAGGUCUAAAGCGUCUGGCGGUAGACGACACUGAUGAGGAAGAUGACGGGCAGGAGGUGGAUGUAGGAGAGGUAUCAAGACUUGAACCAUCCACGUCUGGGUCUGCGUCGACCUCGCAGGAACGUGGUGGAGCAGCUACAACAGGGAUGCUGUCACCUGUGGCGCCGUCCGAGCGACUCCCAGCCGUGCUUGAGGACGCUAUGUCAUCGUCUAUCACGGAGGAAGACGUCGUAGCGAUGUCCAAGUCGAUGUCGCACAUGGAAACAUCACCCUCAGCGGGAGGUGGGCAUUGGACAAGUUUCAAUGACCCCCAAGUGGCACGACGGAGCUUGGAUUGGAUGCGUACAGAUCCACCCGAAAGUCCUAAGCAGCGGACAGCGAUUAUGGAGCGACUUGAGACUGUCGACACGAAGCCAUUCUUUUCCUGCUGGUAG